AGUCUCGCGCGGAAGCCACCGGCUUCUGUCACGGGAGCCAGGAUUGCGAAGGCGGCUGAGGAGGCGGGAAGGUAGCAGUGGUUAAAGGGGCAUUGGCUGAUUUGCGGGAAGACCGUGAGCAGCAAUGGUGAUGGCGGCGAAGAAGGGCCCAGCCCCGGGUGGCGGGGCCGGCGGGGGGAAGUCAGAGGCGGAGGCGGCCUCAGAGGUGUGGUGUCGCCGAGUGCGGGAAUUGGGCGGCUGCAGCCAGGCCGGGAAUCGCCACUGCUUCGAGUGUGCCCAGCGCGGGGUCACCUACGUGGACAUCACCGUAGGCAGCUUCGUCUGCACCACCUGCUCCGGCCUCCUGAGAGGAUUGAAUCCUCCUCAUCGUGUCAAGUCCAUCUCCAUGACAACUUUCACUGAGCCUGAAGUAAUAUUCCUGCAAUCUCGUGGCAAUGAGGUUUGCAGGAAGAUAUGGCUAGGUCUGUUUGAUGCUCGGACAUCUUUAAUACCAGAUUCCAGGGAUCCUCAGAAGGUGAAGGAGUUUCUCCAGGAAAAAUAUGAGAAGAAGAGAUGGUAUGUCCCCCCAGACCAGAUCAAGGGGCCCACCUAUACCAAAGGCGGUACCUCCACCUCUGUCCAGGGCUCCCUCUCAGAAGGGAAGCCCCUUCGGACACUUCCUGGUGAUCCUGUGCCAACUCUCUCAGCUGCUGCCUCCAUCUCCAGCCAGUCUGUCAACCAGUCUCAAGCUCGGACAUCCCAGGCCCGGAGCUCUCAGCCACCUUCUCACUCCUCUGUCAAGAAAGCCACUACCGACCUGCUAGCUGACAUCGGUGGAGACCCCUUUGCUACUCCCCCGGCAGCACCAGCUUUUGCUGCAUUCCCAGCCUUUGGAGGCCAGACACCUUCACAUGGGGGCUUUGCCAACUUUGAUGCCUUUGGCAGUAGCCCCAGCUCUUCUGCAUUUGGAAGCAUCCCUCCAACUGGCCAAGCCCCAUUCCAGGCCCAGCCAACACCUGCAGCCAGUCGGAUGCUAACUGGAAGUUACAGCUUUGGGAGCAGCCAGGUGACUCCAUUUGGUGCCACUCCUCUUGUACCUGCCAGUCAGCCAAACAGCCGUGCAGAUAUGGGCAGCUUCCUGGGACCAGGGGUUUCAGCUGGAGGUAUGCCUGGCAGUAUCUUCGGGAUGACCAGCCAGGUCCCCACACUCCAGUCUGCUACGACUGGUGGCAGCAGCAGCACAGGGCUUGCCUUUGGAGCCUUCACCAACCCAUUUGCAGCCCCUGCUGCCCAGCCCCAGCUGCCUUCCACCAACCCAUUCCAGCCCAAUGGCUUGGCCCCAGGGCCUGGCUUUGGGAUGAGCAGUGCUGGGCCUGGCUUUCCCCAGACAGUGCCACCCUCUGGGGCAUUUGCCAGCACCUUCCCACCACCGAUGUUUUCACCACAAAGUUCGCUGACUGCACAACAGAAUGGCUCUUCCUUUGGGGACUUAGGAUCUGCCAAGCUGGGGCAGAGGCCACUGAGUCAGCCUGCUGGGAUCUCCACCAACCCUUUCAUGACUGGAUCCUCAUCAAGCCCAUUUGCCUCCAAACCUCCAACUACCAACCCAUUCUUGUAGCACUGUGUCCUCAGGGGCCUCUUCCCUGUGCUCUUGGGCCCCUCUGCCCCAGAGCUUUGGUGACCACUUGCCUGUGGGUCUGAGACCAACACAGGCCCCAUGCUUCAGGGUCAGGGUCUUGGGGAUGGUGGAGAUGCCGAUGCUUUGCUUGGGGCUUACAGGUGAACUGGCAGCUCUUCAGUCAGCUGCCCCAAAGGCUCCCUCCCUCCCUUCCUCCUCCUUCUGCCCCCACCAGGAGGGAGCCUCAGCAGGAGUGAUGGUAGUGAUGUGUGGAGGAAACAUGGUAUUUUUUUAGUUAAUAAGCCCUCCUCCCUUCCUCCCCAGCCCCAUGGGCAGAGGAAGCCAUGAUACAGACAGACUGGCCUUCCCAUGGGAACAGUUUUUCCCCCAUGCCCAGCUCCCUAACACUACUCCAUCCAUGUGGACAGAGUACAGUGGGAAAAGUAGGGUAAAGACGAAGCAUGGUGUUGACAGGGACAGUGACCAGAUGACUCUGGGACCAAGACCACGCUUUCCUCUACCACCUGUCAUUGUUUUGCUUCCCCAGCGCUCCUCCUGUCCUGGGCACUCAGGAUGAAUAGUUUUACCCAUGUACACACAGGCCCAGCUCCUGUCAAGCACUUUAGUUAGCCAUUGGUGUCAUGUUUGGAUACCAGUGUUUUAUAUUUAUACAUAAAGAGGAUUUUCUAAUAUAGCCUAAUAGAUAUAUAUACACACACAUAUAUACACAUACAUACACACAUGCACAUACAUAUAUACAUACACAUCCAGCCAUUCUUCUCCCAGACAUCUCCCAUCUGUGCCUCAACCAUCAAAGCCAGAGCUCCAGGGAUGAGGAGAGGGCAGCCACAUGUCCUGAUCACCCCAGAAUCUAGGCUUUUCCAGGGAAAGGCUUUGUGCAAUUGGCUGGGUAUAUUUUUUCUUUUUCUCUUUUUCCCAUGUGCCUUCCCUACCCCUAAAUCUCUGCACCAAAGCUCACUGCAGGCAAUGUUGGAAAAUAACUGCAUUUGAA